AUGGAACGACGGAAAAGGCGGCUUGUGCUCUCCCGUAAGCAACGAGUAAACCUACAAGAACUAGAGAAGACCUACAAGUGUAAGUUUGCAACGAUGCGAAGUCUCGAGGAAAAGAGACUACGGCUCACUGAACCUCUUACCUUCCUCAAACAAGCUGUUUUCCAAAAGGAAAAUGAUGCUAACCGAGUAAAGGCAAAGAGAAAAUCAGUCAAAAGUAUCCUCAACGGUGAAAAGCAUGAGGAUACGAAUAUGGCAGUAAGUGCGAUUUGUAAGUUCUGGAAACAAAUAAUAGGGAUAGAAACAAACUAUGAACCGGACUACCAUACUGAGAGAUGGGCAAAUGAGUGUGAAACACGCAUUGAACCCCAAACCAUUGAGGCUGCUUAAGUAGGCGAGUUCUUUGACCAAGUGCUGAAGAAAUUACGCCCAUCGAAACCUGCAGGACCGGACGGGGUCCCUCCAGCCCUGUGGAAACAAUAUCCGGCCGCUACAUCGUGGUUGAAGCAAUGGGUUAUCAAGUCAGUCACUGACGGUAACUUGAAUAUCCCAAAAUGGUUCUCUUUCGGACGGGUUGUUACCAUCUAUAAAAGUGGCGACAAACCCAACACAAGCGACUACUGA